AUGGGCGUUUCCCCGUCCCUCGGCGGGAAAGAGCUGUGUAAGGCCGCGGGGGGCUCCGCGGUGGAGCACGGGCGCAGCGCGCUGAAGCUCGGCUUCUACCUGGCCCAGGCCGCCCUCCUGCUCAACGUGAGGUCCAGCCGCGACGUCCGCGCCCAGCUGCACAACGGGUUCUGGUUCCCGAAGCUGCUGAUCCUGGUCGGACUCUGCACAGCUGCCUUCUUCAUCCCCGCCGACCGCUUCCUGCCAGCCUGGCGCUACGUGGGCAUCUGCGGUGGCUUUGCCUUCAUCCUGCUCCAGCUGGUGCUGAUCACGGCCUUCGCCCACACCUGGAACAAGAACUGGCAGAUGGGGGCAUCCCAGGACGGGCGCUGGGGUGCGGCGGUGCUGCUGGCCACGCUGGGCUUCUACGCCGUCGCCGUCGCCGCCUUCUCCCUCCUCGCCGGCAGGGACGGGCAGGCCGAGGACACCACGGUCGCCGUGCUGGGCGCUGCCAUCAUGUACACCUGUGUUCUCCUGGCCUGCAACGAGGCCUCCUCCCUCGCCGAGAGCUUCGGGCCCCUGUGGAUGGUCAAGGUCUACAGCUUCGAGUUCAGCGUGAGUGCCCCUGCAUUCCCAUCGGGCGCAGUGCGGGCGCGUGAGCGAGCAGGGCGGCCGGGGUCCGCGGACGACGAGCAGGAGCGUGUCACCUACAGCUACGCAGCCUUGCACUUUGGCUUCUUCCUCGCCUCGCUCUACGUCAUGGUGACACUCACCAACUGGUUCAGCUACGAGUCGGCGGCGCUGGAGACGACCUUCGUGCGCGGCAGCUGGUCGACCUUCUGGGUGAAGGUGGCCUCAUGCUGGGCCUGCAUCCUGCUCUACCUGUGGCUCCUCCUGGGCCCCCUGUGCCUGCCGGGCCGCCGGCGGCACCAGACAUGCAGCGCCCUCCCGUACGCCGGGCGAUGCCGAUGCCUGCCCCUGCCCCGGCCCAUCAGCAUCGCCACGUAG